CUGCCAGCCAGUCGCCUUAUAACCCGACCGCCUCAUCAGCCCUGUGCGCUGUCUCCUUGCCCCCGUCUGCCUGUCCUCCUCCUACUGCCGUCUAUCCUGACGACACCCCCAUCCCAGUAUCAUUCCACCCCAUCCCCGUUGUUUUGUUCGCCACAUCUACUCAACUGUCUUGCUCCUGAUCCACCUACUAUACCGAGAUGGGUUCCAACAGCGGUAGAACGACGAAACUCGCGUUGGUUCCGCUGCCCAAAGGAUCGGUCUUGCUCCCUGGCGCCACCCUCCGCAUCCCCGUCUCUAACCGUCCUGAUCUGGCCAACCUCCUGUCGACUAUAGUCGAUCGAUCGGCUGCCGCCAAACGGGAUGGAACCGUCAUCACCUUCGGAUGCGUCCCCCUUAGCUCGCCGUUCCUGAGCAAGGACGGCCAACGACUGCUCGAGGACGGAAACCUUGAUGAAGAAAGGAGGGAGGAAUAUGAUAUGAUUGAUGCUGGACAGGCAAGGAAGGAGGAUCUCUUCCGCCAUGGUACCGUUGGCAGGGUGGUUGGCAUCCAGCGCCGCGCCUAUUCCGAGCCGUCUCUUGUGGUUCAGGGAGUGCAACGAUUCACCAUCCGGAGGAUCCUGAAAGAAAGGCCCUUCUUCGAAGCCGAAGCUCUUGUUCAUGACGAGAAAGAAACAGUGUCUGGCGACCCCGAAUCCGUUGAAUUGUUCCAGCAGCUUCGACAGCUCUCUCGCGAGCUUCUCACCUUGCUGCGCCUCUCUUCGCUACUCCCCUCUCCAGGGAUCCGCGUGCCGCCCCUCAUCGCCCGGAAAAUCGAACUGUUCAUAACCAAGUCUGAUGUCUCCCACGCAGGUCGCCUGGCUGACUUUAUGGCGGAUAUCUCCGAUGCCGGAUUUGAAGAGAAGCUUCGCAUUCUGGCGUCGCUGGAUGUCAAGGUCAGGCUGGAACGGGUCGUCGAGGUUCUGAGCAGACAACUGCAGAACAUCAAGAGUAACGUGAAGGUUACUACAAUUACUACGAACAGCUUCCCCAGCUCUGGUUUUGACAUUAGCCAGAUCGAUCCCCGUGACCGCGAGAUUCUGGCAAGAAGAGCUAUGGCUGGCCUGAGCGGUCUGACGCCACCGGGCGCAACACCCAACCGAAGCAAUGAUGGCGACGAGAAGGAAUCCAAUGAAGUCGACGAGCUCCAGCAGCGACUGCAGGAGGCCCAGCUUAGUCCCGAGGCCAGGAAGGUUGCUGACAAGGAACUCCGCCGUCUUCGCAAGAUGAAUCCGGCAAAUGCGGAGUAUGGCGUGUGCAGGUCGUACCUCGAGAACAUUGCCGAUAUCCCAUGGGUCAAGGUUACUGAGGACCAGCUGGGACCGGAAACCCUGAAGAAGGCGAGAAAGCAAUUAGACGAUGAUCACUACGGGCUAGAGAAGAUCAAGAAGCGGCUUCUCGAGUACUUGGCGGUCCUGCGACUCAAACAAUCCACCAACCAGGACGUCCAACGCCAGAUCGAGACCUUGUCGAAGGAGCUCGAUGCCUCCGAGCGAAACGACCUCGAGAAGGACAUUCCCGAUGUUUCCGAAUCGGACCGGGUCGCCAUUGAGACGAAACUACAUCUCCUGAAGUCCCGACGCAUGGGCGACAAGUCACCGAUCCUCCUGCUCGUCGGCCCCCCUGGCACCGGAAAGACAAGCCUGGCACGGUCCGUCGCCGCCUCUCUGGGCCGCAAGUUCCACCGAAUCUCCCUGGGUGGUGUCAGAGACGAGGCCGAAAUCAGAGGUCAUCGCAGAACCUACGUGGCCGCAAUGCCCGGAUUGAUCGUCAGCGGCCUCAAGAAAGUUGGGGUCGCCAACCCGGUGUUCUUGCUCGAUGAAAUCGACAAAGUCGGCGGAGCCAAUUUCCAGGGUGACCCGUCCGCAGCAAUGCUCGAGGUCUUGGACCCUGAGCAAAACCACACGUUCUCGGAUCACUACAUCAACAUCCCCAUCGACUUGAGCAAGGUGCUCUUCAUCGCCACCGCCAACUCCCUGGACACCAUCCCCGCACCACUUCUCGACCGCAUGGAGACCAUCUCGCUGUCCGGCUACACAACCGUCGAGAAGCGCCAUAUCGCCAAGAGACAUCUUGUCCCCAAGCAGGUCCGGGCGAACGGUCUCUCAGACGGCCAGGUCAUUCUGUCCGACGACGUCCUCGACAAAGUCAUCACCUCAUACACCAGAGAAUCCGGUGUCCGGAACCUCGAGCGUGAACUCGGCUCAGUCUGUCGAUCCAAAGCCGUCCAGUUCGCAGAUGCAGGGGACACCAACAAGCUCGACACCUACAACCCAGUCGUCUCAAUGGACGACCUAGAAGACAUCCUGGGCAUCGAACGCUUCGACGAAGAAAUCGCCGAGAAACACGGCCGCCCCGGCGUUGUCACAGGCCUGGUCGCUUACUCCACCGGCGGCCAAGGCAGCAUCCUCUUCAUCGAGGUAGCAGACAUGCCCGGCAACGGCCGCGUCCAACUCACCGGCAAGCUAGGCGACGUGCUCAAGGAGAGCGUCGAAGUAGCCCUCACCUGGGUGAAAGCCCACGCCUUCGAGCUCGGACUGACCGCCGAUCCCAACGAAGACAUUAUGAAGAACCGCAGCCUGCACGUCCACUGCCCCUCCGGCGCCAUCCCCAAGGACGGCCCCUCCGCCGGCCUCGCCCACACCAUCGGCCUGAUCUCCCUAUUCACCGGCAAAGCCGUGCCCCCCAGCCUGGCCAUGACCGGCGAAAUAUCCCUGCGCGGAAAAGUGAUGCCCGUCGGCGGAAUCAAGGAGAAGCUCAUCGGCGCGCACCGCGCCGGCGUGAAAUCCGUCCUUCUGCCCCAGCACAACCGGAAAGACGUCAAGGAUGUGCCCACGGAGGUCAGCGAGGGGCUCGAAAUCGUUUACGUCAAACACAUCUGGGAAGCCAUCCGCCAGGUCUGGCCAGACGCGCACUGGCCCGGUCAGCACACGAACUUCAUCGAGAGUCGACUGUAAUCUUUUUUCCUUUUUCUGUCUUCUUCUCUCUACUUUCUUCUUUUUUUUUUUCCCAGGGUGUUGGGCGUUAACACAAAUUGCUCCGCAUUUAUGUAUUUAUGGAUGUGCUGUGUGGCCUUCCAUUUUGGUUCAUUUUCGUGUUUCAGCGCAGCGACCACUUACUUUCUUUGACGAUGCGGGUUUGAUAUAUGCCCCUUCCAUCCCAUCGCACUCCUGUCUCGGUAUAAACAUACUACGUACCUACAGUAAAGUACCUAUUAUACAUCUGAAUUAACGCCC